UGAGGUUGCGUAAUAUCGAAUCUGUAAUUAAUUAAUUAAAUAUUAUUAUUGCCGUAUUGUUUUGUUUGUUGCUUCUCACAAUGUCUUGGAUUUAUAUAACAGUCUUUUUACGCUGUUGUAGUUUGGUAUCUGUUGCCGAACAGAGAAUCAAGGUUUCUAUUGUUUUAUAGAAGAGUUCGCCGGCUCUCUCUGUUCUCAGAGAGCAGAGCUAGAUUCGAAUUUCAUUCUAUCUUAAUGCUCUUUUGAUUCAAGUUUUAGAUCAAUGGGUGCUGGAAGUGAGGAUGUGGGAAUUAGGAAGAGGGGUUGCUCAUGCACGAAGGACGAUUUUCUCCCUGAGGAAUCCUUCAAGAGCUUUGGCAACUAUGGGAGGUCUCUGAUGCAGACACCGAACCGGCUGCUGGACCGGAUAGUGACCCGGUCACUUGAUCAAGCCGAGUUGGACAUGAAGGCUCGGAGUCAGAAUGAGAUGAAGAAGACCCUGACUUGGUGGGACCUCAUUUGGUUCGGCAUGGGUGCUGUGAUCGGCGCCGGUAUCUUCGUCCUUACCGGUCUUGAGGCCAGGGACACAGUCGGCCCAGCGGUCGUGCUUUCUUUUGUCGUCUCCGGUGUCUCCGCCAUGCUUUCUGUCUUCUGUUACACUGAGUUCGCCGUGGAGAUUCCCGUUGCUGGCGGCUCAUUUGCCUACUUAAGGGUGGAGCUUGGUGAAUUCGUGGCUUUCAUUGCAGCCGGGAACAUCCUGCUCGAAUAUGUGAUUGGUGGUGCAGCUGUAGCCCGUUCUUGGACAUCCUACUUUUCCACCCUUUGCAACCACGGUUCAGAUGAUUUCCGUAUUCUAGCCCACGGACUUACUGAGGGCUACAACCUCCUUGAUCCCAUAGCUGUUGGUGUCAUCGCCAUCAUCUGUGUCAUCGCGGUGCUCAGCACAAAGGGCUCCUCCCGUCUCAAUUACAUUGCCUCCAUUGUCCACAUUAUCGUCAUUGUCUUCAUCAUAGUGGCCGGACUAAGCAAGGCAGACACCAAGAACUACGCUGACUUCACGCCCUACGGUGCACGUGGCGUCUUCAAAGCUUCAGCCGUGUUAUUCUUCGCCUAUGUUGGGUUUGAUGCGGUUUCCACAAUGGCUGAGGAGACGAAGAACCCUGCUCGAGACAUCCCCAUCGGACUAGUAGGAUCAAUGGCGAUCACCACAACUCUGUACUGUUUGCUAGCUGUUACUCUAUGCCUCAUGCAACCAUUCAACCAAAUUGAUGAGAACGCUCCAUUCUCAGUUGCAUUCGAAGCUGUAGGGUGGAAAUGGGCUAAGUAUGUUGUUGCUGCCGGCGCACUGAAAGGCAUGACAUCGGUGUUGCUGGUUGGUGCUGUGGGUCAGGCUCGGUAUCUGACCCACAUCGCCCGUACCCACAUGUUGCCCCCAUGGUUCGCCAAUGUUGAUGCCAAGACCGGAACACCUGUCAAUGCCACCGUUGUCAUGCUUGCCGCCACCGCAGUCAUUGCCUUCUUCACAAAGCUUGACAUUCUCUCCAACCUCCUAUCAAUCUCCACACUAUUCAUCUUCAUGGUUGUUGCCGUCGCCCUUCUUGUCCGUAGGUACUACGUUACCGGAGUGACCACAGAAGCUAACCGUAACAAACUCAUUGUGUGUCUCCUACUCAUAGUUGGGUCUUCAAUUGCCACUGCAGCUUAUUGGGGUUUGAGCAAGCAUGGUUGGAUUGGAUAUUGCGUAACAAUACCAAUUUGGGGGUUGGCAACGGUGGGACUGAGAGUUUUUGUGCCACAGGCUCGUGCACCGAAAAUGUGGGGUGUCCCAUUGGUCCCAUGGUUGCCAUCUGCGUCCAUUGCCAUUAACAUAUUCCUUCUUGGGUCUAUAGACAGGGAUUCUUUCAUCAGGUUUGGCGCAUGGACCGCCUUUCUCUUGUUUUAUUAUAUAUUCAUCGGAUUGCACGCGUCGUAUGACACAGCCAAGGAAUAUGAAAAUGAGUGGAAGAAGGUUGAAGAGGGAGUUGAGAAAUCGGAGACAAAAUCUGGCUUCACUAAUGCUACAGAUGGUAAAAUUGCUUCUGCAGGUCAUCCUAGUAGCUAGCUGCAUUUGUUUCACCGAAUAUGUGUUUUUUUUUUUUUUUUUUUUUUUUUUUUGUGUGCCCCCUUUGUAUGUGUAAGUAUUUCUGCUAUAUGAAGAAGAAGCCAUGUUCUAGUCAACAGAAACUGUUUGUUAAUAUGAUUAAAGAAGAAAUGAAACUAGAGGCUUUCUAAUGGGUUUAA